AUGACCAAGCAUACAGGAGCAAUUUUCCAAUUUGCUGAUAAUUCUUUGAAAGAAGAUAAGGAUUUUGUUUUAAAGGCCAUUCCUAUUUCUGUUACAGUUUCCAAAUUUAUUUCUCCCAAUUUGAAAGAAGAUAAGGAAAUUAUUUUGAAAGCAUUGAAAACAUCACCUGUUGCCUAUGCAUUCUUUGAUAAUUCUGUUCUAUUUUGUGGAGAUCAGGAUAUUGCUUAUAGGGCUGUUAAAUCAAAUCUCCAUAUUCUUAAAACUAUUAGUAUUGAUUAUUUUAAGGAUCGUAAAUUUGUCUCUCAAUUAUUCAAGUUAAUGUUUAGAAAGAAAAAGUACAAGAAGAAGAAGAAUGGAAAUAAUCAAAAAACAACAACAACUAAUAGUACUACUACUAAUUAG